AUGCAUAAGAGACCCGAGGAGAUACUGAAUCAUUUAGAUAGAUGGGGAUUUGAUAAAACAUAUACAUGUUGGGUUUGGCACGGCGAAUGCCAGGAUGAAGCUUCUGUCUGUAACUCUGCGACUAAUGUUUGUGAAGGUCGUAGUACAAAUGAGGGAGAUAGGUUAGAGGAAAUGCUCCAUCUAGUCGAGGAAAAAUUUGAUGAAGAUCCUUCCAAAUUUGAGAGUUUGCUAAAUGACUCCGAAAAACCAUUGUAUAAAGGUUGCACUGAGUAUACGAAGUUGUCUUCAUUAAUUAGGUUGUAUAACGUGAAAGCUGGUAAUGGGUUGACUUAUGUAAGCUUUGAUAUGAUAUUGGAAGUGUUCAAAGAUAUGCUUCCGGAUGAUAACGUCCUUCCAUGUCGUACAUAUGAGGCAAAAAAGUCCUUAAGCGUUAUGGGUUUACCUUAUGAGAAAAUUCAUGCUUGCCCUAACGAUUGCAUGUUGUAUAGAGAUGAGAAUGAGUCGUUACAUUGUUGCUCAGUUUGUAAUGCCUCGAGGUACAAGAAAGAGGAAGGACGGGUCCCGCCAAAGGUAUUGUGGUAUUUUCCAUUAAUACCCAAGUUUAAAAGGCUAUUUUCUAAUGCUGGAGAUGGCGAGAAGUUGACAUGGCAUUUUGAUGGUCUUGAAGAUGAUGGAAUUCUUAAACACCCUGCUGACUCCCCACAAUGGGAGUUUAUUGAAGGGAAAUUCCCCAAGUUUGCCAAAGAAAAGCGUAAUCUACGCCUUGCUUUGUCUACUGAUGGGUUCAAUCCAUUUGUCUCCUUGAGUAGCACUUACAGUACUUGGCCUAUUGUUUUGAUUACCUAUAACUUAUCUCCCACACUUUGCAUGAAAAGAAGGUAUAUGAUGUUAUCAUUGUUGAUUUCUGGUCCAAGGCAGCCUGGUAAUGAUAUCGACGUGUAUUUGGCUCCUCUAAUCGAUGAUUUGAAGAUGCUCUGGGAAACAAGUGUAGAAGUGUUCGAUGCACAUCGAAAUGAGAAAUUCAAUUUGAAAGCAAUGUUGUUCUGCACAAUUCAAGAUUUUCCAGCAUAUGGUAAUCUUUCUGGUUGUACAGUUUACGGGGAAGCAGCAUGCCCCAUAUGCAUGGAGCAAUUCAAGGGACAAUGGUUGUACGGAUCAUGA